AUGACUCACAAUAAGAAAAUUAUAAAAUAAUUGACAAAAUAAAAACAGAGCAAGAUACUUAAUUUAUAAUAUAAUGUUUAAAAAAUCAUUUUAUUUUCUACAAUCUAUAAUAAUCAUAAUUGUAAAUAAAAAUAAAAUAAAAUAAAAUAUAUAUAUUUUUUCAAUAAUAAUUUAAUAAAUACUUUUUAUAUUUAAUAUAACAAAAAUAAUAGAGAAACACUAGUUUAAGGUAUGAAAUAUUGCUACGUUGAAGAAAACGAAUUUAUAAUGAAAUAAGGAGAUAAUAAUGCAUUUACAUUUUAUAUUUUUGAAAAAGGAGAAGUGGAAGUUUAAAUAAAUAAUUAAAAAGUAAAAAAAUUAGAAUUAGGCGAUGGAUUUGGUGAAUUAGCACUUCUUUAUAGUGCUUAAAGAUCCGCUUCUUGUUUAGCUUUAGUGAAGAGUUAUUUUUGGAUAAUUGAUAGAAAUACAUUUAAAUAAGAAGUAGAAUAAAUGAUUAAAAAAGAAUAUUAAUUAAAUAGAAAGUUUAUAGAUAAAAUUCAUUUUUUCUAAAACCUUACUACUGUUUAAAAAGAUUCUAUAGCAGGAGCUUUGAUAGAUUAGCGUUUUUAUAAAGAUUAAAAUAUAGUAAAUUAAGAUGAACCAGCAAGUUCUUUUUAUAUUAUAAAAGUAGGAUAAGUAGAAGUGUUUUCUGAUAAUAAAUAAAUACGAACUUUGAAAGCAGGGCAAUCUUUUGGAGAAACAGCUCUUUUAUAGGGGGUUCAAAUAAGAACAAUGACAGUAAAAGCUUCGGAAAAUACAAAAUGUUUGGCUUUAGGAAGGGAUGUAUUAACGUAAUUAUUAGGUGAUAAGAUAGAAACGAUUAUUUAUAGAAAUAUUGCUAAAUAAACUUUAGAAAAAGCAUAAGGGUUUAAAGAAUUAAAUAGUGAAUAAUUAGAUAAAAUAAUAGAUAUAAUGAAUAUUUAAAGAAAAUAUAAAGAUGAAAAAGUAUUUAUUAAUGAAUUAUAGCCUGCUCAUUAUUACUGUAUUAUUCUUAAAGGAAUAGUUAAAGUAUUAGUUUUUUUUGCUAAUUGUAAUUAUUUAUUUAUUUAUUUUUAAAAAAAAAAGUUUAGAUAAGAAUAAUAUUUAAAAGGGUAAAUUAUAGAUUCUUAAAUUUUAAAACAAUUUGAAAAUUAAGAAAUUUAAUAAAACUUUAUUUGUGAAGAAAACUCUAUUGUUGCUUUUAUUUCUUAUUAAUUAUUAUUUUAAAAAUUAGAAGGUACUCUUUAUUAAACAAUAUAGAGAAAUAUUGCCCAAAAUCUUAAAUUAAAAGCAAAAAGUGAGAAGCUAAAAGAAAAAGGGGCAAACAUAAAACUUGAAGAUCUUAGAAUAUUAUAAAAACUAGGUGUGGGUUAAUUUGGGUCUGUUUAUUUAGUUAAAAACAUACAAAAUAAUUAAAUUUUUGCUUUAAAAAUAAUAUAGAAGCAUUAUAUAGUUUAAAUAAAUUUAGAAAAUCAUAUGAUAGAAGAGAAAAAAGUAAUGUAAAUGAUAAAUCAUAAUAAUUUAGUUGUUUAUAUAAAAUCAUUCAAUGAUCAAUAUUUUAUAUAUUUUCUAUUAGAAUAUAUUCAUGGGUAAGAACUUUACGAAGUUAUAAGGGAAAUAGGUAUAUUGAGUAUUUGGGAUUCGUAAUUUUAUAUAGGAUCUUUGAUUUUAAUUUUUGAAUAUUUGCAUUCUUUAAAUAUUGUUUAUAGAGAUAUUAAACCUGAGAAUAUUAUGAUUAAUGAUAAAGGUUAUGUUAAAUUAAUUGAUAUGGGGGCAGCUAAAAUUCUCUCAAAUAAUGAAUAUGGUGGUUUUGGGAGAACUUUCACUGUUAUAGGUACUCCUCAUUAUAUGGCACCGGAAAUUUUAUCAGGUAAAGGUUAUAAUUACUUUGUUGAUUUGUGGAGUAUAGGAAUUUGUUUGUAUGAGUUUUUGUGCGGAUCUUUACCUUUUGGAGAAGAUAUGGAAGAUCCGUAUGAAAUAUAUGAAGAUAUUAUCAAAAAAAAAUUAUAGUUUAAUCAUUAUAUUAAAGAUUAAAAAAGUAAAAAUCUUAUUUAAUAAUUACUUAAUAGAUAACCAUAAAUGAGGCUUGGAGGGUCUUUUAAUAAUUUAAAAUAACAUUAAUUUUUUAAAAAUAUGGAUUGGGUAUUUCUUUUAUUUUAUUUUUAUAGUUUUUUUUUUAUAGUUUUUUUUUAGUAAAAAUUAAUAGAUAUGGAGUAUGAAGCACCUUUUAUACCAAAUAAUUAUUUAAAAAUAGAUUAAGAAGAAAUUAAUAAUACAUAAGGUAAAUAAAUAUUUGAAUAAAUAUAGGAAGAAGAAGGUUAACUAAUAUUACCUGAAAAAUCAUCAGUCGAAAAUUGGGAUAAUAGUUUUUGA